AUGAGGCUGCUGCAGGAGCAUGGCCAAAACAAAGUUUGGUGCCCGAAUACCUUCUUCUGGAACAAGCUGGAGGUUGGUGGCCAUGCCGCUGUUCAGCGGUGGACCAGGCGCGCUGCCAUCAACGUUCCGGAGCUGCGGGCCAUUCUCGUGCCGCUUCACCUGGAAGGUUGCCACUGGUCGCUGGCGAUGGUUCAUAUCCCAAGGCACAUCUUCUUUUACUUCGACUCCUUGAGCUUACCUGUUCCGGAUCUGUUGCAGCAAAGACUAACGGAGUUCAUGUCGGCAGAGGUUGCAGAUUAUCAAGGUGACUGGAAGCUGCACGUGGAUAGCAGCUUGCCGCAACAGGAAAAUUGGUCGGACUGCGGCAUCUUCAUGCUAAUGUAUGCUGAGUGCAUUGUCAUGGACUUGCCGUUUAGAUUUGACACAUCUGUUUCUGUCAUUGAGGACAAGCGCAUCUCCAUCGCGCUGGCGAUCCUGGAGGGCAACCUCAGUGCACAAGUGUUCGAAAGUGUUGCCGGCGGUGGGGUAAAAGACAAAGCGACGCGAAACAUGUAG